AUGGUGGGCACUAAGCAUCAUGGUGACAUGCAAGACAAUGCUGUUGAAGCCCAUCCCGGGGAUGUGAUCACUCAGGUUCACACAGCUGCCCAAAGCUCCCUGCCUUAUAGACCAAAUGUCGUUCUCAUCAACGCUGGAGCAAAUGAUUGCAAGCUACAGCUUGACAUCCCCAAUGCCGGUGCACGUAUGCGGGCCAUGAUUGAAGAUAUCCUGAAUUAUGAUGGUAUGCAAAAGACGACCAUCAUCUUGUCAACUCUCACCCCAUCCUCCGACCCACAGACUGCCGCCAAUAUACCUGCAGUCAAUGAACAAUACCGAGAGCUGGUGAUCACAAUGCGGAAGGAGGGCGUGUCAAUCGUGUUAGCAGAGAUGAACCCGCCUGCAUCUGUUGCCGAACACAACUUGAUCUCAUGGCCGCUUGAUUAUACCACAAAUGACAAAGCCGACCCCACACAUCCAAAUGAUUGCGGCUACAGCAAGAUGGCUAGAAUAUGGUACGAUGCCAUCAACGAGGCAUACGACCAGAACCUCAUAGUAAAGGCGGGCGUGAUGGCAGCCUCAGAAACCUGUGAGGGUGGCAGUUGCAAUACGGUAGGCGUACUAUAUGCCAGAAAGGGUUAA